AGUCACAGCACAGCGCGACGCGAUUGAGCUUCAGCAUCAGCUCACCUUAACUCCAAUGGCUUGAUGGUUGAUUUCCCAAGUUCAUAUGACGUCGUCGGACGAGGGGGAGGAUCAGAAGUUAGAACCUCAAAUACUCCUCCACCAGUCCACCUCGAAGCUCCGUCCUGGACUCCUGACCGUCCUCCCCCCGUAACACCCUGUUCUUCGACGUACUGCAAGGCAAACCAUCGAACGCUCGAAUUGUCGACUUCCCUUUCUCUAGGUUUUCUUUGAAAAAAUUUCUCGAAACUUACCUAGACAGAAUCUCCAUCGUCGGAAUUCCUCCACUAGGCAAUACAGUAAUAGCAGACCACACUGGAAUCGUGGACACCAAGGGCUGAAAUGAAGAACCAUCGCCAUAUAACGCACAUUAGUCGGGAAGAUCUCUACACAGAUCUCGAAGCCCGCAUUCGGUAUCUCCAUUCUUUUAUAGAUUUCAGCAGCAGAGACAUUGAAGCCCUCAUAACCGGCGCCAAAUAUGUCAGAGCACUCAUCCCCGCUGUGGUCAACAUUGUAUACAAAAAACUUCUCCAAUACGACAUCACAGCCCGCGCCUUCACGACGCGAUCCACGAGCUUCGAAGGUCCCAUGGACGAACAACCCGACGAAGACAGCCCACAGAUCCUCCACCGCAAGAAGUUCCUUCGCGCCUAUCUUAACAAACUCUGCUCGGACCCCAGCCGCAUGGAGUUUUGGGAAUACCUCGACAAAGUAGGUAUGAUGCAUGUUGGCCUAGGAAGAGCACAUCCCCUCCACAUUGAAUACGUCCACCUGGGCAUAUGUUUAGGCUUCAUCCAAGACAUCAUGACCGAAGCCAUCCUAGCACACCCGCGACUGCAGCUCCAGCGCAAGAUCGCCCUCGUCAAGGCCCUCGGCAAAGUCAUAUGGAUCCAAAACGACCUCAUGGCAAAAUGGCACGUUCAGGACGGGGCCGAGUUCGUUACGGCCGGUGUUGAGGAGGUGGUCGUCGAGGAGGAAGGGUAUCUCCACGGCAAAAAGAUCCUUGAAGAGCUCGAUGAGAUGACGACGCCAGAUCGGAAAAAGUCAAACGAGACAGGGGAGGCAGGGCAUCGUGGUAGCGGUAGCCCGCCCACUUCUCCUUCCAGGUUACCAAGGCCGUCGUCGACAUCGGGUGGCGUCUGUCCCUUUAGUGGGUUGGCCAAGGGGGUCGGGGGCAUGACGUUGAAGGCUGAGGAGACACCCAGGGUCGAAGUAUCUCGCACGGAGCAAGCGGAGGCUGCAUCAUAAAGUGUGAAAUAAUCAAGUUCAACCGCCCUUUGUUGUGAUUUUCUUUGGGUAUGAGUUGGACAUCGCCGCAUAUCGCUUGUCUUCAGGAUUCAGGAUUCAGGGGUAUUUUGAUCAAAGCUACUUUUCUCUUGUUUCUGGGCUUGGAGUUUGUAAUUUCAUCUGGAACUUGAAUCCCUUAUUAUGUCCACCAGUCCCUCCUCCUUGGAUUAAUCUCCC